AUGGAUGUUAUAAAGGCAUUCCCUUCGGAAUUACUGUUGCAUAUAAUCGACUUCGUUGAGUGGAGGGAUCUCCUGCAAUUGGCAUCGACCUGCAACUUCUUCUACUCUCUAGUGCAGCAGACAUUCGCACUACAAUACAGGAUUGAACUUGGCGUAUACGGGCUGACCGAUCGUGGCCAUGGUCCCCAUUCGCCAUAUCCCAAGCGGUUAAAGCACUUAUGUGACUUCCAGUCAAACUGGCGCACCGCAACCUUCCCCCGCAUCCUUGAAGUGUCCUUCCCGUGCACCCGUGAUGGCUGGACGUACGAACUCCAGAAGGGAAUUUUCGCGAGGAACCCACAGACGGCAGAAACACAUAUUCACCUCCGGCAGCUCGACAAUCUCCAGCCGCACCCCCUUGCCGAACAAUCUAUUGUCACGUAUGAUCUCAAAUGGGACUACCUACCUAUGGGAUGGACGAUUCAUUCCAUCCAGAUUGCGGGCGACUUUCUUGGAGUGUUGUUUGACCCCAGAUCAUUUGUAGAUGGCGAUAAGAUUGUGAUUUGGAAUUGGCGGACAGGCAAGGUAGUUGCUGAAUUGCCUUCCACUCGUCUUGUCGGACUUGACUCCUUUGCCUUGCUUUCUUCCCGUAUCUUGAUAGUCCCCGAUGCACGGGGGGGCUCUAUCAACGUUUUCCUGCUCGAUCCCUCAACGUCCUGCCCCGUCCGUUUGAAAUGCUUUGCCCUCCCGCGCCUAGCCGUCGACAGGCGUAUGGAACGCAUAUUGUGCCGUUCCGACCCGGUCUCCUCAGCCAUUCCUGUGUCUUCUCCUCUCCCCCGCACACCUGAGCAACACUACAAGUUGUCUCCCACACCGGUGUAUCAAAUGGAGGGAAACGCUCGCCUCCUAUGUUUCAUGAUCAAUAUCUGGAAGUUCGAUGCCGACGUGAUUGACACUCUUCACCUUUUCACACCACUGAGCACCUUCUUGCCGUCCUCGUCUGCAGACCUGACUUCAGGAGAGAUCAAGUACAUCGCCUGGAAAGAUUGGGGCCCAAAGCAGACAAGGGUGCUUGGCGUGCCCAUCCUCUCUCGAAACCCAUUCGUGACGUUCAUACAUGGGCACAGAUUCGUCAUGGCGAAUCAUGACGUGGACGAGGCGGGAAUCCCUUUGGCUACUUCGAGCGGAUACAUGCGUAUAUUUGACUUCAAUCAACUGGCUAUUAGGAGGGAUCUUUUGCGCGGUGUGAACGCGGAGGAUAUCACACUCGAGGAGACGAUAUUGACGAAGGAGCACUCGUUUGGGACGAUAGACGUCAUCACAUCGCUGCCCUUCAGGUGCGUUACGAAGCGACUGGAUGUGCCGUCAUAUCAAGCCCUUAUGGUGGAUGGGGAAAAUGUCGUUACACUCAGUGUGCAAGGAGCAGGGACUAAUGAUGCGAGGGACCUGCUGUCCAUCCAUCAAGUUGGGCCUUUAGAAUGA